AUGAAUAUAAAAUCCGAAGCACGAAAUCCGAACGUGUUUAUUUGUCUCAUGAAGAUGAACCCGAGUGUUGCCUUUAUCUGCUGUCUUUGUGUUGUCGCUGUUUAUUCAGCAGAUGAAAAAAACAACAAAACAAAAAGAGACGUUUCUGGUCUUUUCCCAUUUCCAAGAGUCGGAAGAAUGGAUUCAUCUUGGAAUUCCAGAUAUUUGGGACCGAGAGAAAUGAAACGACAGGGUCUUAUACCAUUUCCUAGAGUCGGUAGAAAUAAUGACGUCAUUAGUCAACAAAAAAGAGAUGCGAUGGAAAAUGGUGGUGCCAUGUGGUUCGGACCACGUUUGGGAAGAUUUAACGAAUCAAAACGAUUACGUAUCGAGAUUGGGAAAACCUGA